AUUACGUUGGCCACCCUAGCAACCAAAUUGACAAUUCUAGAAACUUAUUUGGCAACGAAAAAAGCGUAAAUACGUUUAUUUAUACGAUUCUUGUUGUUUUACUUGCUUAUGGAUCCGAUAAAGGAGGUUGUACCCAAAGAUGGCACGAAAAGCCCCCCCAACGAAAGUCCGGCCAGGAAAAAACAUAAAAAGGAACACAAGCACAAGCAUAAAAAGCAUAGCGCGGAUAAGGAGAAGACCGAAAAGGCAAAAAAGCAUAAAAAACACAAAAAGCACAAGCACAAGCCAAAAAAUGGUGCGGAGGAGGUAAAGGGCGAAAAAACUAAGGCGGCCGAGAAAAAGUCGCCGGAAGUCGACAAAAAUACCGUAAAGACGCCGGAAGUGAAGAAAAAAACGAAAGAAAGCGAGAAAAAUGACAGAUACACACCGUCGCCAAAAAAAGUUGAGGAUAAAACGGCCAACGGUGAGGUUGUUAGAGAGAAAAACGGUAAAAGUGAGGUUAAAAAGUUGAAAACGGACCCGGAAAAUGUGGUGAACAACAUAUCGAAGGGGCUAACAAACAUGCAUUCCUUGGAGGUUAUAUCAUCCGAGAGUGAUGAGGAUGUCCCCGAAGUUGAUUGUGACAGUGAUGGCAUCAAUGUUGAUGUUAUCGAAGCCGACAUGGAUUUGGAGGAAUUGAUGAAACAAAAGGAGUUGCUGCAAGCCCAACUGAUGGAUGCUGAAGAUGGUAAGCCUAUCGAGGAGAUUAUCCUCUUGGAUUCUGAUGAGGAGGUCGGGAAAAUAAAAAAAAAGGUUACCGCUGGUAGGAAAAGGAGUCGCAGUAGGGAGAGGAGGGUCGUAAUUAGGGAGAAAGUGAGGGAGGAAGUGAGGCACAGAGAUGCUUACAAAGGGGAGCUGGAUAAAUAUUCCAGGGAUAGAGAGAGGGAUAGGUUUGGUCACAACAGGCAAAAUAGACAGCAGAACGACGAUAGGUACUCCAGGGAGAACGAUAGGGAUAGAAAUAGGGAUAUGUACAACAGACGCGAUAGGGAUAGAUCCGUUGAAAGGUAUAGAUCGAGAGAGAGAGAUAGAAACAACCGCGACAACGCAAGACGGGACGAUAGGUACAGAUCGUACAGGGACCGUUCCCGGGACCGUUCCCGGUGCCGGGAUCACAAAAGAAGGCACGAAAAAACCGACAAGUACAAAGACUCGCUCAGCGAGGGCAUGAAGCGCAAAGCCGACGAUUCUGAGAGCGAGGAUGACAUCGACAUCGACCUGAACAUAGACGAGGAGGACGAAGAAGCGAUUAUUCUGAAGCGCAGGAAAGAGCGCGAAGAACUUUUGAAACGCCUGGGGGCCGUCGAUGAAGACUCCAACACCAACGUGUCGAGCAAAACCGACGAUGACGUGCAAAUUAUCGAAGAAGAGCAAGAGCAAGAGCAACCGAAAAAAGCUCAAGUUCAGGAAAAGGAAAAGGUGGUGGACGACGAGCAGUCUUUGACGCCGCCUUUGCUGCCCAGCAUGAAAGUGGUCGAGCAGGACAAAAAAGAGGACAAACUUAAGCCGAAAGAAUGGGACAUGUUUGCGGAACAGGACAGCUUUAAAGCCAACGCAGCGUCGCCAAGCACGAUAGUUACGAAGGGUUCGGGGGCGGAAAACCCGGCCCUGACCGAUAAUUGGGACGACGCCGAGGGUUACUAUAGAGUCAGGAUCGGGGAAAUUUUGGACACCCGGUAUAUGGUGUACGGUUACACAGGUCAGGGCGUUUUCAGUAACGUGAUCAGGGCUAGAGACCAAGCGAGAGGAAAUCAGGACGUGGCGGUCAAAAUAAUCAGGAACAACGAGAUAAUGCACAAAACGGGUUUGAAAGAGCUGGAAAUACUAAAAAAGCUAAACGAUGCGGAUCCGGACGACAAAAUGCAUUGCCUGAGGUUGAUAAGACAGUUUUUCCACAAGCAACACUUGUGCAUGGUGUUUGAACCUUUGGCCAUGAAUUUAAGGGAAGUUUUGAAAAAGUACGGCAAAGAUGUUGGACUACAUAUCAAAGCUGUGCGCAGUUAUACGCAACAAUUACUUUUAGCACUGAAACUAUUGAAAAAGACUGGAAUACUACAUGCAGACAUAAAACCCGACAACAUCCUGGUGAACGAGAGCAAGCUCGUGCUGAAGCUGUGCGACUUCGGCUCCGCUUCGGUCGUGAACGAGAACGAGAUCACGCCGUAUCUCGUGUCGAGGUUCUACCGCGCGCCCGAGAUCAUCCUCGGCAUGCCGUACGAGUACGGCAUCGACAUGUGGUCGGCCGCGUGCACCGUCUACGAGCUGUACACCGGCCGCAUCCUCUUCUCCGGCAAGUCCAACAACCAGAUGCUCAAGUUUUUCAUGGAGGUGAAGGGCAAGUUCCCCAACAAGGUGGUGAGGAAGGGCGCCUUCAAAGAUCAGCACUUCGACGCCAACUGCAACUUCUUGUAUCACGAGAUCGACAAGGUCACCGAAAGGGAAAAAAUCGUGGUAAUGACGGUGGUGAAGCAGAGCAGGGAGCUGCAGCAAGAGCUGGUGGCCGGUCAAGCUCUGCCGCCGGAUCAGCUGCGGAAAGUGACGCAGCUGAAGGACCUUCUGGAGAAGGCGCUGUCGAUCGACCCGGCCAAAAGAAUCAGCCUGAACAACGCUCUAACUCAUCCCUUUAUCCAGGACAAGAUUUGAACUGUUUGAGUCUGUUGUUUUUGUGUUGAGAGGUAAACGAAACAGGACAAAAAACUCAAGAGUUGUUGUUAUUACUAUUAAAAACAAAAAAUAAUCGUAAUCCAAAUGCGUUCAUACUUACUAA